AUGGGUGAAGAGCUGCUAGUCGAAAUAUCAGAAGAGCGACAAGAAAAGUGGAUAAGUACCAUCAACUCUAUCGAUCUAACCCAUAGCACUAAGAAAGCGUGGUCUACUAUCCAUAAACUAACCAAUGAGCCCCCAAAAGCUGUACAAAUGGGGAGGGUUACUGUCGUCCGAAGUCGUAAACCAAGUCGCACAUCAACUACUUAUGAACGGAAAGCCGUCACUACGACCAAAAAGAACACCUUAACCGACCUGACCGACCUGAAAUGA